AUGCAGCAACACAUGAUGCGUCCCCCACAGGGGGCAAAGAAGAACAGAAAGCGCGUGGGCCGUGGAGACGGCAGCGGAAUGGGUACCUACUCGGGCCGCGGCCUCAAGGGACAGAAAUCCCGAAGCGGCAGCGGGUCGAUGGUCAAGUUCCAAGGCGGUCAGCUAUCGCUGCUCAAGCGGCUCCCGAGCAUUCGCGGAUUCACCAACGUGUUCAGGCAGGAGUACAGCAUCGUCAACCUUGACCAGCUCGCGCUGUUCCCUGACGGAAGCGAUGUGACUCCCGAGUCGAUGGUCCAGGUCGGAUUCGUCAAGAACCUGAACAGCCCCGUCAAGGUGCUGGGAAGAGGCGAAAUCGACGUGGCAAUCAGCGUUUCAGCGCACAAGUUUUCCGCAGCGGCAAGAUCGAAGAUCGAGGCCGCGGGCGGAACAGUCGCAGUGACCGAGUAG